GUGAGAAGGGGAGCAAGAGGUAGAUAGGUACUGUGUUCACUUACCUGCUGGACUUAAUUUGCUACCUGGAUUACCCGCUGCGGCUGGCUUCCCUGCGCUCUCCGUGUCCCAGCUUACACUCUGAGAGGGAACCUCAUGGCUGCAUCCUGUGAGAUCAGCAACAUUUUCAGCAACUAUAUCAGUGCCAUGUACCAGGCAGAAGACCCAGCCCCGUCUUCAUCAGCCACUUUGGGCAGUGAUGACCUGGUGCUGACCCUGAGCAAUCCUCAGAUGCCCCUAGAGGGCACAGACAAAACCAGCUGGUCAGGGAUGCUGCCCCAGCUGUGGUCAAAGGCCCAGGUCCUGGACUGGAUCAGCUAUCAGGUGGAGAAGAAUAAAUAUGACGCUAGCGCCAUUGACUUUUCCCGAUGCAAUAUGGACGGUGCCACAUUGUGCUGCUGCCCCCGGGAAGAGCUGGGCCUGGUCUUUGGACCCCUGGGGGAUGAGCUCUAUGCCCAGCUGCAAGACCUCUCAUCUGGCACGAAUGAUGAGCUAAGCUGGAUCAUUGAGCUCCUGGAGAAGGAUGGACUCAGCUCUCAAGAUAUCAUGGCAGACUCUACCUUCGAUCACGGCAGCCCCUUCAGCCAAGAUUUGUUGGAUGACUCAAGGUUGGCCAGUCCCUAUUACCCAGGAAGCUAUGGAGCAGGGGCUCCCUCUCCAGGCUCCUCAGAUGUGUCCACUUCAGGGACUGGAACCUCUCAAAGUCCCCACUCCGACUCCGGUGCGAGUGACGUGGAUUUAGAUCCCACAGACAACAAACUCUUCUCUUUUCCCAGUGAGAACUUCUCCAACUAUAAAAAAGGAGACCUGAAAUAUGGGAAGAGGAAACGAGGACGACCCCGAAAGCUGAGCAAGGAGACCCGAGAGUGUCUGGAGGGAAAGAAGAGUAAACAUGCUCCAAGAGGUACACACCUGUGGGAAUUUAUCCGGGACAUCCUCAUCCACCCCGAGCUCAACGAGGGCCUUAUGAAGUGGGAGAACCGGCACGAGGGUGUCUUUAAGUUCCUUCGAUCUGAGGCUGUGGCCCAGCUGUGGGGUCAGAAGAAGAAAAAUAACAGUAUGACCUACGAGAAACUCAGCCGUGCCAUGAGGUACUACUACAAGCGAGAGAUCUUAGAGCGUGUCGAUGGCCGAAGACUAGUCUAUAAAUUUGGCAAGAACUCAAGUGGUUGGAAGGAGGAGGAGGUCGUGUUGAGCCGGAACUGAGCAAGGGAUCGAUCGAGGGACUUGGGCAAACAAUGAGCUUGCCCCCGGACCAGAGACUCGUUCAGACAUUCCUGGACCCCAGCCCUCCCAGUCCCUUCAGGGAGGGUGGGUACCCGUGUUGGCGCUGGAAGCCAGUGGGUGCGCCCCAGUGGAGUGAGACUGAACUUUGGCCUGCCAUGAGUUUGUUGUCAACAGUUGUCAUGGGAUUGUGGAGACCUUGGGCCCCUCCCUCCUCUAUUUCCUCUUGGAAUUACCAGCCCUCUGAAUGGAUGGCAGCCAUUAUGCUUCUGACUGAAACCAAGAGGUCUCUGAACUGGGAUCCUCUUCUCUAAGAAUCCUGGACUGGCACUAUGUGGGGGGAAAUGGGUAGCCUAUUAAGGCCAUGGAGAGAAGGCCUGCCAGCACCUUGCCUCGAGGCCUGCCCUUUUCCUAUGCUUGGACUCCGCGGGUCGUGGGUCAGAGCUCUCUAAUUUAUGUGGUAUAAAUAUGUAAUAUGUACAUAGAAAUCUAUUUUUUCAAUGAUACCCCUUCCCUCCUACACUCCUUGACCUCUGUCUGUGUGUGAGGAUAAAGACCAAAGACAAUGGUUCUGGGCCUGACGAGGACUACAGAGACUUGAGCUAUUUUAUAGCUGUUCACAACCUUCCCCGGUCAGGAUGGAUUUGCUUCCUCCUUCUGCCAUAACUACUGCAGGAGUUGGGGUGGCGAAAAUGGUCCCAGGACUCCUGGUCACUCCUCUUAUCUCCAGAA